CUGCUGUUUUACACUGAGCGAAGAAGAGGAGGAACGAGCUAACGCCGUCAACAGCACAACAACAACAACACUCGGCUAACAGCGUUAGCUCCGAGGAAAGGCGGAUUUAUUUGUUUCUGCUCAUUUUGGGAAAACACCAACAGGUACGCUGGAAUUUUCUGACACCCACUCAGACAUGUCCUAUGUCUUCAUCAACGACUCGUCGCAGACCAGCGUGCCUCUGCUGCAGGCCUGCAUCGACGGAGACCUGCCCUUCGCCAAGAGGCUCCUGGAGACCGGGUGUGACCCCAACAUCCGCGACAACCGCGGCCGCACCGGCCUCCACUUAGCCGCCGCCCGUGGCAACGUGGACAUCUGUCGCCUCCUGCACAAGUUUGGUGCCGACCUGCUGGCAAUGGACUAUCAGGGGAACACAGCGCUGCACCUGUGUGGACACGUGGACACGAUACAGUUCCUGGUGUCCAACGGACUGAAGAUUGACAUCUGUAACCACAACGGCUCCACUCCUCUGGUUCUGGCCAAGAGACGUGGUGUCAACAAGGACGCCAUUCGCCUGCUGGAGGGUCUGGAGGAGCAGGAGGUGAAAGGCUUCAACAGAGGAGCUCACUCCAAACUGGAGACCAUGCAAAUGGCCGACAGCGAGAGCGCGAUGGAAAGCCACUCGUUACUCAACCCGAACCUGCAGAGCAGCGAGGGCGUGCUGUCCAGCUUCAGGACCACCUGGCAGGAGUUUGUGGAGGACCUGGGCUUCUGGAGGGUUCUGCUGCUGCUCGUGGUCAUCGCCCUCCUCUCGCUGGGCAUCGCCUACUACGUCAGCGGAGUCCUGCCCUUCUCCACCAGCCAGCUGGAGCUGGUGCACUGAGGGGGGGGCGGGGCGGCCGGAGAGCGGUGGUGAGGAGUUUGUGAAAUAAUCAACUUUUCUGCUGUUCGUAAAAAGACACUCGCAUUUUUUCUUUUCAGCAAAACAUUUGAUCUUAUUAUGAGUUAAGUCACUAUCUUAGUGAGUGUGAGUGUAGUGGUACAUGGUCUGUGCUGUGAGGACCAGCCCGAGACCCGAAAUCUACGUCAGCUUAAGUCUAUUUCUAUUUCUAAGUAUUUCUACAAAGCAGCUUUCACAGAAACCUCUUGUUCCCCUUUUCACACAAUAUGUAGAUCAGUGUUUCUCAGACCUUAGAUGUUAAUCUGUGUCCUCAAAUGACUCAUCAUGUUGUCUCGGCCGAAGAAAAUAUUCACAUUUAAGAAGCGGAAGAUUCAGAGAACUUGCUUUACUUCCUUAAAAACACACUAACAAUUUCUUUCAGGACAGAGUUUGUCAUGCACUUUAUAAAAGGCUGGGAUAUCUUGAAUAUUCACGUCUUUAUCUCGCUGUUAGACAGACAUUUUAGACAAGAAACUAAAGUUGAUGAUCGCCUCACUCUCCCACACCAAACCUCAUAGAGGAAAUCAGUGACUUUAGCUCAUGGGGACACAGGAGCUGCUAGUCUACUGCUGCCUCGUGAGGUCACUUUGUGUCACUGAGGCAAAUCUGAACCAAGGACUUUAAAUGCCGAAUUUUACAAAAUAAGACAUUUGAAGUUAGUGAUGGAGGCAGCAGUGGAUCAACAACUCCUGUGUGCUGUGACGUUAAAAUCACUGGUUUUCUCUAUGGGGUUUGGUGUGGGAGAGUGAGUGCUUUACAAACUUCAGUUUCCUGUUGGAAAAGUCUGUCUGACAGUGAGAUAAAGACGUGAACAUGUGACGUAGAUAUCGUAGACUUAAACUGACGUAGAUGUUAUCAGCUGACUCUAAAAAAAGCCUUUUUUUUUUAGUGGCUAAAAACCUGAACUAUCCUUUUCAACAAGUGUCGUGUGAGUGUCGGAGGUCGUGAGAUGACGAUCACAAAAUAACUGCGUCCAGUCAAACGGUUCAAAGAGCAGUUCAGAAAGCACUUGUGGUCCAAACCGUGUCCUGUCGUUCAGUGGCUUCUGAAAAUAUAAUGACGCUUUUCCACGACGUAGUCCCAGCAUGCCUCGGCGCGGCUCGACUCCACUAUACGCGGUUUGGUCUGGUUUUCCAUGACUUCAUAGUAAGUGAAUCAUUAGAAUCAGCGGAUUGAAAAAAGAUUUGUUCACAGAAUCGUUCGGCACUUCCGUCUGACACCACUGAAUAUUGACAUUUUAGACAUUUGCUUUGCUAAAUGUUUGGAGAUUAACGUUAAUGUGUUCAGUGAUUUUUAAGUCUGUUUAACUUCGAUCUACAGUCUGUUGACGUCACCUUUUGGUAUCGGCUCGGCUCGCUUUAACCUCGUUAGAGCAGGAAAUACAAAACAACACGAGUCGAUCCGUGCCGUGUGUUAUAUACGCUGUAUAUUACCUUCGCUCCGUCUGUUAUUUCCACACUUUUCUCGUUUGCCCCGAUCUCGCCGAUGUGUUAUUUAUCAGAUGUGUGCGUUCAUUUCCUUCCGUGUGUGUGUGUUGGUGUUGAAACACCGCCCCCUGCUGUCUGUUGGCCUCGCACUCAUCCCCCAGGUGAGGAUCUGAAAGAGGAAACUGUGGCCGGUGACGCCUGGUUUGUCUUUUGGGAGAAAAGCUUUUGCGUGUUUUGGCUGCAGUACGUUAACAUUCCAGCAUGUGGCGCUGAAAUCCACCGUGUUUUCAUCAA